CUCGAACCCGGUACCAUGGACGCAGUCCGCUCGGGCACUUACGGCAAGCUCUUCCGCCCGGACAACUUCGUGUUUGGACAGUCCGGCGCCGGCAACAACUGGGCCAAGGGCCACUACACCGAGGGAGCCGAGCUGGUCGACUCGGUCCUCGACGUUGUGCGCAAGGAGGCGGAGAGCUGCGACUGCCUGCAGGGCUUCCAGCUCACUCACUCGCUUGGUGGUGGUACCGGCUCCGGUAUGGGGACCCUCUUGAUUUCCAAGAUCCGCGAAGAGUACCCCGACAGGAUCAUGAACACCUACUCUGUCGUGCCGUCGCCAAAGGUCUCCGACACCGUCGUCGAGCCCUACAACGCCACCCUCUCGGUACACCAGUUGGUCGAAAACACAGACGAGACCUACUGCAUCGACAACGAGGCACUUUACGACAUUUGCUUCAGAACACUCAAACUCUCCACACCCACGUAUGGUGAUCUCAACCAUCUCGUAUCUCUCACAAUGUCUGGUGUGACAACUUGUCUCAGGUUCCCAGGUCAGUUGAACGCUGAUCUCAGAAAACUCGCCGUAAACAUGGUGCCGUUCCCACGUCUCCACUUCUUUAUGCCCGGAUUCGCUCCGCUUACCUCCAGAGGUAGCCAGCAAUACAGAGCCCUCUCGGUGCCCGAGCUCACCCAACAGAUGUUCGAUGCCAAGAACAUGAUGGCUGCCUGCGAUCCACGUCACGGACGCUACCUCACCGUUGCCGCCAUUUUCCGUGGUCGCAUGUCCAUGAAGGAGGUCGACGAGCAAAUGUUGAACAUCCAAAACAAGAACAGCUCGUACUUCGUUGAAUGGAUCCCGAACAACGUCAAGACCGCCGUGUGCGACAUACCACCACGUGGUCUGAAGAUGUCGGCAACUUUCAUUGGCAACAGUACCGCCAUCCAGGAAUUGUUCAAGCGCAUCUCAGAACAAUUCACUGCUAUGUUCAGAAGAAAAGCUUUCUUGCAUUGGUACACGGGUGAGGGUAUGGACGAGAUGGAAUUCACCGAGGCAGAGUCGAACAUGAACGAUCUGGUAUCAGAAUACCAACAGUACCAGGAAGCCACGGCUGACGAAGAUGCCGAAUUCGACGAGGAGAAUGAGCAGGAAGUUGACGAAAACUAAAUGAGCAGCACGCGUUGAGAUUCUCCUAAAGUUAAUAAAUAUACAAAACGUUUCAAGAGUUAAUUGUAAUUUAUACGUUUGCACUAAAGAUGUAAUAAAAAUAUUAAAUUAAAAUCAA